GUUUCCUUUUCUUUUGUGCAGUUCUUAGGGUUUUCCUAUUGUCUCAUUCUUUGCCUCAUUAUCUCGUAUUUCACACCACUCUUUUUUCUCCCCUUUCGCUUUCUGAUCCAACCCGCACCCCAGUUCACCCUUUGCUGAGAGGACAGCGCACCUGUAUUUAGAUCAGUUCAUCUAUAUCUAAACAUACCUGCCCCUUCUCGCUCCUUUUGCACCUUCUUGUACUCACCUAUGAGGAGCUUUAUCAACUCGAAGACGUCCGGCGGGUUCGACCCCCCGAAGGUGCGUGCGAACAUACGCAUGGCCACCACCCGCCUGGGCAUGCAGAAGAACAAGCUGCUGAACAGCGUCAAGACCCAGCGGCGCGGCAUUGCGGAGCUGCUCGCGCUGGAGAAGUAUGAUUCGGCCCGCAUCCGCGUCGAGAAUUGCAUCCGUGAGGACGUCAACAUCGAGGGCUUCGAGGUACUCUCCCUCUUUCUGGACUUACUGGCGAACCGCGUGCAGCUCAUCGCGGAGAGCAAGCCGAUGCGGACGGACAAGAACAAAAAAGACCCGAGUUCCGCCUGCCCGCCGGAGCUGAAGGAGGCGAUCACCUCCGUGCUGUGGGCGAGCGCGCGGGUUGGAGACGCCGUGCCGGAGUUGGCGGUGCUGCGCAAAAACUUCGAGGCAAAAUUUGGCCACGAGUUUGUGGAGAUGGCAAUGUCGAACGCGGAGUUCUCGGUGAAUCAGCGCAUGAUGGAGCGUCUUGGCAUGUACACCCCGCCCAACGACAAGUGCAUCGCCUACCUCACCAACAUCGCGAGUGAGUAUCAGCUGAGCGGCUACGACGAGGACCGCCUGCGCGACCCGAAUGGGCUAGUCGCCUCAGCUGCUGCAGCGAGCGGGUCUGGCAUGGAAGUCACCGGUGCCGGAGCGGAGUUGAAUCAGCAGGUGCGGGGAUCGAUUCGCACGCCGUCUGGCCUGUUCAUUCCGCCACCGAAGCCGCCGUACGACGCGCUUGAUCAGCGUCUCAUGCAGCUGAUGUGCGUGUAA